AUGGAUUCUCUUGCAUUCUCAGAUGUGCCAGUCCCUGGCGAGUCCUCCAACCACAAUCAAUUGAUCAAAUUUCAGCUGAUCAAUGCGAAAACUACAGGAUGGGCGGUGACGGGAAAUAUGAAUAUUGCACGAUUUCAACAUACAGCAACAAUGUUAUCGAAUGGAAAGGUUUCAGCUGCUGAUGGAGCAUAUGCUAGUGAUGGCUGGCUCAACAAUGCUGAACUAUAUGGACAGAUUUUGAUCGUAAACCAAAGCCACAGUUUUUCGUUGAAUCAAAACCAAAACUAA